UGAGCAGUGCCGCUGGUUCCGUCAGCUAGAGGCCCUUUGGCGACGCUGCGGUCACUCGGGAGAGCCGGCGGAGAGCAGCGGCGGACACAUCCAGCUAGUCAACGCCCCGCUCUGUCUCCGUGUCUCAUCUCGAAUCCACAUCUCCUCUGCGUUCUGGCUCUUCUUGCUCCACUUCCCUCUCCGUAUCGGCGGUCGCCCGUGGGCGGAGGCUACCUGCCAGCCCUCGGCUGCCAUCGGCCCCGGGCAUUCCAAAGGUUUCUAUUGUAGACGCACGAGACAAUAUGGGCAAAAGAGUUCAAGUUAUUUUCGUCGCCAGUCUUGUGCUUUCAUGCACAAUAAGCUUGGCUUUGGAUGAUGAUGCUACUAUAAAGGCUCCUAAUGUCAGCAAAGUAUCUCUGGCAAUGAAGGAAAACUCGCAAUUAUGCCAACUUUGUGAGCAGUUCACCACAGAAGCCCUCUUCUAUCUUAAUGAAAAUGAGACCAAGACCGAAAUCAUUGAUACACUGCACCAAGCUUGUUCAAAGUUUCCUUCUUUUAAGCUGGAGUGCACAAGGUUGGUGGAUUAUUAUGCCCCUCUUUUCUUCACAAAAAUUGUUUCUUUAAGCCCUGAAGACUUUUGCGUAUCAAUAAGUUUUUGUGUGGAAGCAAAAUUCAUUCGUCUCCCAAUACAUGAGGAUGCUUGCACCCUUUGCCAUGAGGUUGUCGAUGAGAUUGUUACUAAUCUUGAAGAUCCAGACAUGGAGCUUAAGAUAAUCGAGAUACUUCUGAAAGGAUGCAACAAUGCAGAGAAUUUCGUACAAAAGUGCAAGAGGUUAAUCAUCCAAAAUGCACCAAUCAUCAUGGAACAUAUCAAGAAGUUCCUCGAGAAGAGGGAUUUCUGCGAUUCUAUUCAUGUCUGUGGAAGUAAAACUGUUCAUGCUGGAGCACAAGUCCUCAGAAGCCUUUCUUCAGCCUGAAGUCCUGAGCUUUUCUGAACGGAUUGGUUCACGCAGCAAAUGAGUGGUCUACAUGUAAAAAGAUGUUCGAGCACUGUAAAUCCUGGGCAAUAAAGACACUACAGAAUUGGUUUUGUACAUCAGUACAUGUAAAAAGGGAAACCAAUCUUCUGUGUAAACAUAGAAACCUCCGCGUGAUAGUUGUGCCACAUAUUUAGUACAUGGAUCAUGAGCAGGAUUGUAUAUUUAUGUAUCAUUGUACGUAAGCGAUCAUACUGCUUCAAGCCUUGAUGUACAAUAAUGAUAGUGGAACUGUGAUUAUCAGAGCACAAUUAUACACCCU